UACGGCACACGAUGAACGGGUCGCGCAGCAGUUGCAAGCGGGAAUUGAACGUGAGGCGAGAAUGAUGAGAGAGCUACAGCUGAAGCGUGAUGAAGAAUUAGCGAAGCGACUAGCCGAAGAAGAACAGCAGCGAGCCGGUGGCAGUCGGGCGCUAUCCGCUUCCCCGUCGCCAGUUACACCACUUCGAUUUGUUGCUUCAAACCCAGCGACAUCAGCUGCCAUCCAACCAAUUCGCGAUCUUCUAACCGGCGACGACUUGGAUUUGGACGAGUCUGUGCAAAAUGAGCUCAAUAACAUGGCUGACAUCUCGAAUCUACCCGCCGAGGAGAGCCUCAUUUCGACGAGCGAAUUCCCGAGGCACACCACCACUUUCGGGGUUUCUCCGGCACAAAAUCAACUGGAUGCUCAGCGGGGACCGCUAGGCCACCCCCGACGUAUCCAAGGAGUUCCACUACCCGGCCUCGCCAACCCCAGAUAUUCCACUCCAGAUGAAGCGGAAGACUGGCCCUCCCCGCCUCCCCAAUUUACCCUCUCUUCCUCCCCAGAAUCAAAUACUCACUUCAAAUCCCAACCCACCUUAGCCCAGGUAAGCCCAUCACCCCCUUACCCACCGGCGCCGCCAGCGACAGCGAGCAGUACAGCUGGCCGGGAGCAGCAACAAGAUUUUUAUUCCGAAUUCGGGCUGCCUCCACCGUCGCGGCUGGCCCUCGGGCUUCGC